AGCUGAUGCAGAUGAACAAUACAUUGAGGUUCUAAAGAAAAUACAUCUACCUGGUCUUUAGAUGACGACAAUGAGAGGCUUUGAAGGACCAAUAGCAUUUGAGUAUUGCUCUUGAUCUUUUCCAUGUGUAAGGGAUCACUUGUUCAGUGAGGGAGGGUGCUGUCGCAUGUGCAUUACUGUAUCAAUCUAAUCAUUCUCACUGGCAUGUUUAGCUGUGUUACAAGCAGAGGAACUUCAUACUGGUAGUUUCAGAAAUUAAUGGGGCAGCUUCCCAAUAUGCCUUGGAGUAUUCAUUCAAUCAUGCUGUUUUUUGCACUUGGAGACGUGCUGCUGGUUUCCACAGAGCCUGUGCGUACAGCAAUGAUUCAAAUAGUGAAAACAUCUGUAGUGGAAGGGGAGAAGGUUGAAUUCAGAUGUGUGAUAUCAGCUGUGCACGGAGAACAAGCAGAGAACAAGGGGAGGAAUUGGUUCCAUUUAUAUAAAAACAGAGAGAAGAUCAGCUCACAGCCGGAGCCUGGAGGAAGGGGAGCUGUCACAUUUACAAAACAAGACAUCACAAAGAAUGACGCUGGAAACUAUACCUGCAUGUAUGGGAAUGAGAAUCCAGGAGAUGUGAAAAAUAUCAGCCAUGGCUCUUCAGUUUAUCUCAAUGUACAAGAGUUAAGCUAUCAGCUCACACUUCAGCUAGACAAACACAACCCAAUGGAAGGAAUGGAUGUAUCAUUUAAAUGUAUGAUACCAGCUGAACUCAGAGAUGCAGCAGGAGAAGAGAGUUUUUUCCAUCUAUAUAAAGAUGGAAGCCGUGUCGAUUCACAAGCCGCUCCCAAAGGCGUACCAGGUGUAGCGUUUGACUUUAAAAAUGUUAAGAGGAGUGAUACUGGAAGCUACACCUGUGUGUAUGGGAAAGAGAAGCUUGUGAACUCAGCAAACAGCAAACGCAGUCGGCCAGUCUACCUUCAUGUGACAGAAUAUAUGACAGCUACAUCCCAACAGAAACUGACAGGAGAAAUGACAACUCCAAACACAUCAAUCAAGACCCAACACACAGAUGGAAGAGGCAAGUGUGAAUAA